CCAUGUUCCUUCUUUUGGUAUUGGGGGUCCUCUCUUUACCUUUGCCAAAGAAUCUGCAAACCAAAAACUCGUUGAAUAAGCGACUCAAGAGAGAGAAAACAAAUAUCAAUGGAGGAGAAAAAGUCAGUUAAAUCAAAGUUCAAAAGAGUCUGUGUUUUCUGUGGAAGCAGCACGGGCAAGAGAGAGAGUUACCGCGAUGCUGCUCUUCAGCUCGGCCAAGAACUGGUGACGAGGAGUUUGGAUCUUGUUUAUGGCGGAGGAAGUGUGGGGCUGAUGGGCCUCGUUUCUCAGGAGGUUCAUCGUGGGGGUGGACGUGUUUUAGGAAUCAUCCCAAAGACUCUGAUGAGCAAGGAGCAGAUAACUGGAGAAACAGUAGGAGAGGUGAAAGCAGUAGCAGACAUGCAUCAAAGGAAAGCUGAGAUGGCCCGCCAUUCUGACUGUUUUAUCGCCUUACCAGGUGGAUAUGGAACUCUAGAAGAGUUAUUAGAAGUCAUAACAUGGGCCCAGCUGGGAAUCCACGACAAGCCUGUGGGUUUGAUUAACGUGGAUGGCUACUACAACUAUCUUCUCACCUUCUUAGACAAAGCCGUCGACGAUGGCUUCAUCAACCCUCCUCAGCGUAGCAUCAUCAUCUCUGCUUCCACCGCAACUGACCUCUUCCAAAAACUUGAGGUUCUUCCAUUUCUCCCUCGUACACCUACUUCCAUUCGUUCGUGGUGGGUGAAAUAUGUGUGUGCGUGCGUGCAGAAUAUGGUUAUAAAGAUAAGAUUUUGGUUGUGGUAGGAGUACGUGCCGAUGCAUGAUGGAGUGGUGGCUAAGGCCAAAUGGGAGGCGGAACAAGUGGAGCUGAAUUCGCAUUUGCAAACAGAGAUUGCCCGUUAAUUAAUUUAAUUAAUUAGGUAUCCACCACAGACACGGGAAAAACCCACCCAGCUUUACUAAUUUAAUUAAACUAAUUCACUCUAAUGAGUUUUUAUAUGUCUUGCUUUUUCUGUUAAUUUUCAGGAUCAUUAAUUUGAUUUCCGCGGAGAAAUUUGUAAGCAACUAAGUUCUUCUCCUUCCUCAGUUUUGUACAUGUACAUUUUGUUGGAAAGGGGAACAAUUUUAUAAUUUCAUAGUUUUAUAAACGUGGUGUAUGUAAGUAUACGCACAGGUUUGUUAUGGAAUUAACUCGGGUGCUUUGUAAAUAUACGUAUGUGUAAGAAUUAUUAAUGUACAAAAAAAAAAAUAUUAGCGA